GCAGUUGAUUUUAUGGAUGAUGGUACGCCAAUCGCAUUGACCGUUACUGUGGACCAGACGACGGGCUCUGCUCAUUUCGACUUCACUGGGACCGGCCUCCAGACCUUUGGCAAUACAAACGCCCCACGAGCUGUCCUUUUCUCAUGUCUGGUCUACUCUCUUCGCUCUCUUGUGAAAGAAGAAAUUCCGCUUAAUCAAGGCUGUCUUAAGCCAAUCCGGCUAACUGUUCCAAAUGGCACUAUUCUAUCUCCCGGCCCUGAUGCAGCUGUUGUCGGUGGAAAUGUGCUUACAUCACAACGCAUCGUUGAUGUAAUCCUAGCUGCCUUUGGGGCCUGCUCCGCAAGCCAAGGUUGCAUGAACAAUGUAACUUUCGGCAACGAUGCUCUGGGGUACUAUGAGACGGUUGCCGGUGGUGCAGGAGCUGUAAGCUUAGUACUAGUUAUUUCAACUGUGAAUUGUCAAAUUCGUAACAAAAUAAAGAUUUAA